UUUGGCAACCGUACUUUCGGCAGUAUUUAUGCCGACAAGAGUUGUAAUCUUAGAAAAGGAAAGUGUUCUGAACUAAAAUGACUGCUUUUGAAGAAAUGGGUGUUCUUCCUGAAAUUGCUCAGGCAGUUGAAGAAAUGGAUUGGAACUUGCCGACUGAUGUUCAGGCAGAAGCCAUACCUCUAAUCCUAGGAGGUGGUGAUGUUCUCAUGGCAGCAGAAACUGGCAGUGGGAAAACAGGAGCAUUUUGCUUGCCAAUCUUACAAAUUGUUUGGGAAACACUGAGUGACCAAUUAAGUGGAAAAUCAAAAAAGUCUGACACUGGAGGAGGUUCUGCACAGUCAUCUAAAUGGAGAAUGAGCUAUUUUGACCGAGGAAGUGCUUUAGCUGUCAGUCCUGAUGGUAAAAUGUGCCAAUCAAGAGAACCUAAGGAAUGGCAUGGUUGUCGUGCUACCAAAGGGGUUCAGGGGAAAGGAAAGUAUUAUUAUGAAGCUAAAGUUACAGAUGAAGGUCUUUGCCGAGUUGGAUGGUCCACACCUGCUGCUUCCCUUGACCUUGGUACUGAUAAACAAGGCUUUGGGUUUGGUGGAACAGGGAAGAAAUCCUUUGGCAAACAGUUUGACUCUUAUGGUGAGCCAUUUGGAAUGCAUGAUGUUAUUGGUUGCUUUUUGAAUCUUGAUAACAUGAUUAUUAAAUUUUCAAAAAAUGGUGUCGAUUUGGGCGAUGCUUUCAAAAUUCCUGAUAAUUUACGUAGAUCUGCAUUCUUUCCUGCUGUUGUUUUAAAGAAUGCUGAGAUGGAAUUUAACUUUGGUGAAACUUCCUUCAAGUAUCCACCAGAGGAUGGCUAUGUUGCAAUAUGCUCAGCUUCUAAAGAAUGUACUGUGAAUUCAACAGUCACAGGAGAAUCAUCUGGUCCUGUAAAAAAUAUUAAAAAUGCACCUCAAGCAAUUAUUAUAGAGCCAUCAAGAGAAUUAGCAAAACAGACUCUGAAAUGUAUACAGAAUUUCAAGAAACAUCUUCAUAGUCCUAAUGUUAAGGAGCUGCUAAUCAUUGGAGGAGUAUCUGCAAAGGAACAGAUUAUGGAGCUUCAGAGUGGUAUUGAUAUUGUUGUUGGAACUCCUGGGCGAUUAGAAGACCUCAUAUCUACAGGGCAGCUUUCACUUUCUCAGGUUCAGUUUUUUGUUCUGGAUGAAGCAGAUGGUUUGCUCUCUGCUGGCUAUGGUGAUUUGAUUAAUCGAAUCCAUCAACAGAUCCCCAAAAUAACUCCCGAUGGUAAACGAUUACAGAUGGUUGUGUGCUCUGCCACUUUGCAUUCAUUUGAUGUUAAGAAGCUUGCAGAAAGAUUGAUGCAUUUUCCAACUUGGGUAGAUUUGAAGGGAGAAGACAGUGUUCCUGAAACUGUGCAUCAUGUUGUUUGCAUGGUUGAUCCAAGGACAGACACCUCAUGGCGAAAUUUGAAAAGACCAAUUAAAACUGAUGAAGUCCAUGCGAAAGAUAAUACUAGGUUUGGAAGUAAUACACCAGAAAUGUUGUCUGAAGCAGUAAAAUUAUUGAAAGGAGAGUAUGUGAUUACAGCUAUAAAUGAGCAUAAAAUGGAUAAAGGCAUUAUUUUUUGUCGGACCAAAAUUGACUGUGAUAAUAUGGAGAAUCAUCUUAAUGCACUGGGUGGAGGACCACGUAAUAGAAAUAAUCCCUAUUCCUGUGUAUGUUUGCAUGGUGAUAGAAAGCCUGCUGAAAGAAAAGAGAAUCUUGAAAAAUUCAAAAGGGGGGAAGUGAAAUUCUUAAUAUGCACUGAUGUAGCUGCCAGAGGCAUUGAUGUGACUGGUGUGCCAUAUGUGAUAAAUAUGACAUUACCCGAUGAAAAGAAUAAUUAUGUGCACCGCAUUGGUAGAGUAGGUCGGGCUGAGAGAAUGGGCCUUGCUAUUUCUUUAGUUUCUGCAGUUCCUGAGAAGGUUUGGUACCACUCCAACUGUUCGAGUCGAGGGAAGAAUUGCUGGAAUACCCGAUUAACAGAUCAGGGGGGUUGUUGCAUUUGGUAUAAUGAACCUCAGUACUUAGCGGAUAUAGAAGAGCAUUUGAAUUGCACCAUUCAGCAAGUAGAUCCUGAUCUGAAAGUACCCUGUGAUGAAUUUGAUGGAAAAGUUGUCUAUGGGCAGAAAAAGGCUCAAAUGGGUAGCAAUUAUCAAACACAUACUGCACAGAUGGCUCCAACUGUAGAAAUUCUUGCAGAGUUAGAAAUGGUUGCUCAAAAAUAUUUCAUUAAAAGAUACUGCAUGAAGGACAAAUCUUUCCUUAAAUGAAACCUUUUAUUAAUGUAGAAUUUAAUUGCAUUUAAAAUAUUCUUUUUUCCCCCAAUAGUUUAAAAUUAUGUAAGAUGCAUAAUAAAGAUUUAGUAUCUUUUCUAAAAGAAGUAAAAAUUAUAAACCAUUCAGGUAUCUAAUAUUUUUUAUGACAGGACUUUCACUUGAUAUUACUUCAAGUCACUUAGGGACAUUAAUAUUCAGAUUUUGUAAACUGACAGCUAAAUUAUUUCAAUAGUUUUAUGUGUUUAUAAAUUUGUUAUUUCCAAGAUUUCCUGAAAAGAAAUCUAUAUUAAGGUCUAUGACUUACAUUUACAAAUGUAAUAUUUCCUUAAAUAAAACUGAUAUUUGAACAUUGAAAA